GAUGUCCGGCCUAAGUUGGGUAUCGGACCGCAAGCGACGCUCCUUGAAGGAGGCGAGCGCCCCUGACCAACCUAUCCUGGAUGAAAUUGUGCGUGUCACCGAGCAGACCAUAGCCUGUGCGACAGUUGUUCCGGACAUGUCUGAGAGACUCAACCUGAAACUAGCAACGUCGGUAUUCCGAGAAGGUUGGGUUGCCAUUAAACCGAGACUUGACGGCGUUGACCGGGUGGAUGCCUAA